AUGUCAAACAGCAAGGCCACGCCGCCGCCCACGGUGCAGUGGCGGCAGCCCAACGCCAUCCGCUGCUUGGCCAUCGUCGUCCUGGUCCUCAUCCUCCUCACCCUCUUUGUCGUGGCCGUCAUCUGGCUGGCCGUCCAGCCCAAGAAGCUCACCUACUCCAUCGAGCACAGCUCCAUCAGCGGCAUCACCGGCAACAACUCCACCUUCCACUGCCUGCUCCGGUCGAGGAACCCCAACAAGCGAGUCUCCUUCCAAUUCAAGAGAAUCGAGCUGGAGGCCACCUACCUCGGCACCAAGCUCUUCAGCGGGGGCGUCGCGCCCUUCCGCCAGCCCGUCAGGAACGUCACGGAGGUGGAGGUGGACUUGCCGGAGGUCAGGCCGCCGCUGCAAGGGAAGGAGGCGGAGAAAUUCAGGGCGGAGAGGGCCGCGGGGGCCGCCAAGAUGGAGGUGAAGGUGACCGGGAAGCUGAACAUGAAGAUUGGGGUGUUCAAGGUGCAUCGCACCGUCACCGCCACCUGUGGGCCCUACGACGUCCCGUUUAAGGAGUCCGAGGGGUUUCGGAGAGUCGAGUGUGACACCGAUAUAUCUUAUUGA